UUAUUUUUUUAGGUUAUGAUCCCUUGUUAAUAAAAUAUUGAGAACGGUAACCCAAAAACCGGGGUCACAGUUGCUGUCAAAGUGACAUUGACAGAUAAAGUUUACUCGAGCUUCAAAAUAGAAAUCGAAUCCGCCCGCCGAUCUACUUAAAAAAAAUCCGUCUUUAUUCAAAAAUAGAAGUUACCUGCUAGUAAACACAAUGUCUCUACAGGAGCAAUUCGACAAAGCUGCCGAGGAUGUUAAGAAGCUAAAGACGUCUCCUGCUGAUGCUGACCUUCUGGAGAUCUACGGGUGGUUUAAGCAAGCCACCGUUGGGGAUGCUGAUCCUGCCAACAAGCCUGGGUUCCUAGACUUCAAGGGCAAGGCCAAGUUCGAGGCGUGGUCGAAGAACAAGGGCAAGUCCAAGGAAGAGGCCCAGAAGGCCUACAUCGCGAAGGUUGAGAGCCUCAUUGCUUCCAUCGGUCUCCAGUAAACAAAAAAGCAGAGGCGAGGCAACUAUGGCUUCGGGUGUGUGCUUUGACCAUUAUAUUAAUAGAACAUUCUAGAACCGUCUGUCUUAAUGACUUAGCCCUUUGACUGCCUAAGCUGUCAACUGUCGCGUGCGGCUACUGCACUAUCAACUUUCAUGUUUUGCGAUAAGGUUGACGAUGGAUCGACGCACUCGAUAGGCAUGGCAUUCAGAGGGUUACAUGAUAAUCUUUUUACGUAGUCUAUGGUUACAAACAGUUGUUUGUUGGUUCCAAUGUUUUUAAUAGCAUUUAGAUAAGAACUUUGAAAAGUCAGUUAGGUUUUCUUUUAAUAUGAAGGUCAUUUAUAUAAGCAUCUACACAUCGUGUAUAUAACUGACGUUUUUAUGCGAGACUGAACGUAAAAGUACAGAUAAAGUAAAGAUAUAUUACUGCAUUUAUACCGUAAAACCUCUUGAUAAUUCUUCCGUUGCUCUUCCGCCCGUCUCUAAACUCUUAUAAGUAAACUAUUUAUAAUUUCGGUUUAGGCACAAUUAGUAUAAGAUGUUGAACAUCACAAUAUAAUAAGCAUCACAAUGUUGUGUUUAUGGUCUUUGGUGCAAUGACUUCAGUUUUGUUAUAAACUUUUUAUAUUGCUUAUGAAAUAAAAUCAGUUUGAAAAUGUA